AUGGAUUACACUGGAGAGAACGACAACUGGGAACUAUUCCACAACCAUUUCCACCUCAGAGUAGACACGGCGAGGGCUUACACCGAGGAAGUCCGAAAGCUAUGCUCCAAUGCCCUAGAGGCGUCAAACAUCCACUUUCCUCCGAUAACGUCACGAAUCAAAUCAUGGCAAUCUGCAAAAGGGAGCGUCAGUCGAAGAAAUCGGGAACGUGUUAUACGAAGGCACAUACGUGACCUGGUAGAAUCGCAGGGUCGACGAUGGGAAGACUACACUCGCGAAACAGGUUUUAGUCUCUAUGGUGAAGAGACAGAGCCUUUUAAAAGCCCAGAAGAAAUGUUCUCCGCCUUACAUGACUUCGGCGGUGAUAUUGAAAGGGUCGCUGCUGUUAUCAACAGACAAUUCACUGUCAUCCGGCAAAUUGAAAAAGGCCAUGGCCCUCCAUCCAAUGUUCAGAGCUUGGAAGAUCGUCUUGAUCUACUUCAGAAUUCUGAGAGGCGCACGCAAGCUGCGAUCAAUACUAGCGUGCUUCAACGAUCCAUGCGAACUUUCACCGGUUAUAAGGCGACUCACUUUGUAGUAAAGUUGCGGGACGAACAUAUUCAAGAGUGUGACAAGCACGCUUGGAAAGAUAUUGUCGUCGAAAUCCAAGUCGGAACACUAGUUAUGCACGUAUGGUCGGAGAUCGAGCACGAUAUGAUAUACAAACCACUUGACUCUCAGGAUGGAGCAGUAUCCGAAGACGAAAAACGCAUCUUGGAUUUAAUAAAUGGCAUUGUUCUAACGGGCGAAGCCGCACUACGACAGCUCGAGGCCAGUACGGCCCAGCGUCUUAACAAGCGUGCAGAAGAUGAAAACGCCAUGGCGAGCAGCCACUACGAGCUCGCGACCUGGAUCGAAAAAUACUUCAAAGAGCAGAAACUUUCUUUCGAAGGUCCGGGAUCGGAAUGGAAGAAUCUAGAACGAUUAUUUGCCGUCCUGAAAUUGACGGGUAGCCAGAAACACUCCAAGGUGACAGAAUUAAUUGAAGACGCCACUCAACGGACUCGAAACCGCCAUUACCUACCAACAGAGAUGCUUUGGGCGUUAUGCAAAGAAUCUACUACUUCGGAGUGGCCAGCCAUUAAUAAUAAUACCUCCGAAGAUACUAUUGCCAAAAAGGCUCGGCUCUGGGCGCUACGUCUGGUGCAUAGCCUGAAUCUCGCAAUAUAUUUUGGAGUUGCUGAAGAAUUCCUCUGUGUGGAAGCGCUACCAUCCGCUCCGUCUAUUACAUCUCUUCUUGAUAUUUUACACCCAGAGCAACCUCAAUAUACUUCAAAUGAAGCCGCCCAGAAAAUUAAAAAGCUGUGCAAAGCAAUUGUGAGCUCUGAACACCGCAGACCAGAGCCACUAAAUAAUCUGGUCAAAGUAGCCAUGAAUCUACCAGUGAAACACCUGGUGGGCGGCUUCACAGAAGGCACUGCUUGUAUAUUCCCCAUUCCCGCCAUCAUUACCCGAUUAUUCCCACUUGAGGCAACGACCGAGGAAAAUGCAUCUAGUGAGACAGAUGAAUUGUUUCAAAUACUUGACUUGAUUGAUCUUUCCAUGUCCUCGCACGGUGAUCCAAAUAAUUUUAUGGUCAUAUGGGAUCUUGUCACACCAGAAUCAAUGAACGUGACUGAAAGAAAACCGAUCAAAAGUCGCUUUUUCGUACCCGUAAUGUCUCCUGAGGACAAGUUCUUUGGGCAUUGGGAACUCGUUGACCAAGAUUUGAACAUAGGCAUUAUGAAUCCAUCGGAUAUUGGUAAAUCAGCCCGGCUACUUGAACAAUUCGAAAUUCCCGAACAUGUUCUUAGGCUUGCAUAUCGUCUUCACCCAGAGCAAGCCUGGCACAGACUGGGCGAGGCGUGGGGAAUCAUCAAGCCUCUUCUGAGACGCCGUCGGAGUGCCGGGAGUGGUGUCGAACAUCGUCUCCCUGAGGCACCUGGGGCGAGGACAUGGGCCUCGGCCAGGAUAGAAAGGCCACAACAAGGGAACAACACGUUCAGUUCAAAAAUGGGGAAGACAAUUACGCUCCAGCCACAAAAUGUAAAAGGGGAUGAUGUCCCAACGCUCCUGACAGGUUGGGAUGGGUAUUGA